CCCAUCCUCCGAGGAGGAGGAAGGCGAGGGCCGUAUAUGAACGCGGCCGGCUUCCCCUGCCUACGAGGCAUGUGCACGCUGCCGGCGCCCAGCCCCGCGGCCGCGGCCAGCCCCGGCUCCCCCGGGCCGCCGCGGGGGUCUCCGCAGGCGCCGCCGGUGAAGCCGGAGCCGCGGGGCGCCGGGAGCAGCCCGGCCCCGCCGCCGCCGCCCGAGGAGCCGCCGCCCCCCGCCGGGGGCCGCCGGAGGAAGCGGCCGGUGCAGCGGGGCAAGCCCCCGUACUCCUACAUCGCCCUCAUCGCCAUGGCCAUCGCCAACGCCGCCGAGAGGAAGCUCACCUUGGGGGGCAUCUACAAGUUCAUCACCGAGCGUUUCCCCUUCUACCGGGAGAACCCAAAGAAGUGGCAGAACAGCAUCCGCCACAACCUCACCCUCAACGACUGCUUCGUCAAGAUCCCCCGGGAGCCCGGACAUCCCGGCAAGGGCAACUACUGGACACUGGAUCCGGCCGCAGAGGACAUGUUCGACAACGGGAGCUUCCUGCGCCGGAGGAAGCGCUUCAAACGCACCGACAUCACCACCUACCCCGGCUACAUGCAGAACUCCAGCGCCUUCACGCCCCCGCCCGCCGGCCGCCCCACGGCACCCACAGCGCCCUACCCCAAUGCCCUCUGCUCGCCCGGCUACGGCCCCCAGCUCUCCGGCAGCGUCUUCCACCCCUACGCAGCCGGGGCGGCACCGCCGGCGCAGCAUCCCAGGAUGUUCAGCAUCGACAGCCUCAUCAGCGGGCAGCAGGCCCUGCAGCCCUCACCGCCCUCCGAGCUGGGCCACCCAUCGCUGGGCUUGCCCGGAGCCGAGCUGGCUCCUGCCUGCUCUGCCGGCAGCUCCGAGCCCCCCUGCUUCCAGGCACAGCCCGUCAGCCCCGGCUUGUUGGGCCGGGGCGGCCCCAACUCCCUGGCGUACCCCUAUGCCGCCUCGCCCCCGCACCUGCCCGUGGCUCAGGGCAGCUACUCGCCCGGCAGCCCGCAGCUCUACGCGGCUCCCAACAGACUGGCCCUGCCGGCCAUGCGGCCCCCGGCCUGCGCCGAGCACGGCGAGCAGCUCCUGGGGCUCUCCGCCUCUCCCCUCGGCCAGUUCGGCUCCAGCAACACCUACAUGCGGCAGCCCAACUUCCCCGCCGGCCUGGAGCGGUACAUGUGAUGGGGCCGAGGGCGCUGGGCCGGACAUGCCCAGGCUCCCACGAGCGGCUCCGCACAAGCGGACUUCUCCCUCCUGCGGGGGU